GCUGAGGACCCCUGGGUCCCCACUCUCGGCUCCUUAGUGCCCUGUGUCCCAGCCCCAGCCCAGCAGACUCCCAGACCCCUUCUCCACAUGCAAGUGGAGAAACUGAGGCACAAAAUAAGCUCUCAAACACCUCUUGCUCCCUGAUUCUCAGAAUCGGUCUUUCUUGGGGUUGGAAGAAUGCUCACCUCUCAUUACCCCCAUUCCUCUCAAUCCUGUCGGGAGGCUUCGGGCUGAGUUGGGGAGGAGUGGCUGGACUGAGUCAGGCAGGAAGCUGAGGGGGGCGGGAGCUGGUGGCGCCCGGCCAUAUAAAAAGGGGAAGGAACCGGCCCUGGAGUUCACAACAGCACUGACAGCAACCAGAGAAGCAGGCUCCCAACAGCCCAGCCCUUCCAAUCUCGAUCUGCCCGCAGGGACCCACCUCCUGGGUGGCCGCCGACCGGUCCUUGCCCCGAGAUGGGGACCAUGCCCAGAGCAGCCUUGGUCUUGGCCUGUUUGGCUGUUGCUUCUGUAGCCUCCGAGGAAGCCUCCAAGGCUUCAGGGCAGAGGGAGCUGGGGCCAGAGUACCUUCAAGAAGUGGGCUAUGCCGCACCCCCAUCCCCACCCCGGACCCGAGCCCUCCCUGUGGAUCACCCUGACACCCCUCAGCAUGGCCCUCAAUUUGAGGCACAGAGUGAAGUGCAGCCCCCUCCCUCGCAGGAAGCCGGCCCUGUCCAGGAGGAAGAGCUGCCCCCUCCCCAACUCUCUGUGAAAAAGGAAGGGUCCCCCUCUGCUUCAGGAAGCCAUGCACAGGAUCACCUGCACCCCCCGGAAGCCAUCCCCCUCCAGAAAGGCAUACCCCUCCAGAAAGAGAUACCCCUUCAGAAAGAGAUACCCCUUCAGAAAGAGAUGCCCGCUUCCCAGCUCCCUAUCGAACAGAAGGAACUAGACUCCCCCUUGCCACUUCAGAAGGAGACCUUCCCACAUAAGCAGCAAGAGGCCCCUCAAUCCGAAGAAAAGCCAGCUUCCUCCACGCGCCACGUUUCCCCAGAGCCUGAGUCCUCGAAUUCGGCCCAGCAAUGCCCGCAGGGCCGACCCCGAGGGGGCUGGGGCCACCAUCUGGAUGGCUUCCCCCCUGGGCGGCCUUGCCCUGACAACCUGGACCAGAUCUGCCUUCCUACACGUCAGCACGUGGUGUACGGCCCUUGGAACCUGCCGCAGUCUGGCCACUCCCACCUUAGUCGCCAGGGUGACACCCUCAAUAUGCUGGAGACUGGAUAUUCCCGCUGCUGCCGCUGUCAGAGCUACAUGAACCGCUUGGACUGUGCGAAACUCGUGUGGGAAGAUGCAAUGACCCAGUUCUGUGAGGCCGAGUUCUCGGUUAAGACCCGACCCCACUGGUGCUGCAAACGGCAGGGGGAGGCUCGGUUGUCCUGCUUCCAGGAGGAAGCUCCCCGGCCACACUACAAGCCCCGGGCCUGCUCAGGCCCCCCGCCUGUGGUCUCCUCGGGCCCCGAGCUGCCCUUCCCCCCCGGGGAGCCCACACUGGACAAUAUCAAGAACAUCUGCCACCUGAGACGCUUCCGCUCAGUGCCCCGCAACCUCCCGGCUACUGACCCCAUCCAAAGGCAGCUGCAGGCUCUGACCCGGCUGGAGGGGGAGCUCCAGCGCUGCUGCCGGCUGGGGAGCAACCACACCUGUGCCUGGAAGGCUUGGGAGGAAACCCUCGACAGGUACUGUGACCAGGAGCAGGCCAUCAAGACCCAUCACCACUCAUGUUGCCACCACCCGCCCAGCCCUGCCCGCGAUGACUGCUUUGCCCGGCGGGCUCCCUUCCCCAACUAUGACCGGGACAUCUUGACCAUUGACCUCAGCCGAGUCACCCCCAACAUCAUGGGCUAUCUCUGUGGAAACCAAAGAGUUAUCACCAAACAUAAACAUAUCCCUGGGCUUAUCCGCAACAUCACUUCCCGCUGCUGUGACCUGCCAGCCCCAGAGCAGGCCUGCUGUGCCGAGGAAGAGAAAGCAGCCUUCAUCGAUGACCUCUGUGGUCCCCGACGUAACUUCUGGCGGGACUCUGCCUUCUGCUGUAAAUUGAAUCUUGGGGAUGAACAGACCAACUGCUUCAACAAUAAUUAUCUGAGGAAUGUGGCUCUAGUGGCUGGAGACUUUGGGGAAACCAAAGACCAGGGGGAGCAGAAGCCAACUCGGGGAACAAAUACCAGCCCCACCCCUGAGUCCAAGGAAGAGUGAGUCACCCCAGAGCCUUGGAGGAUCGGAUUGGGGGAACCCCACCCCACCCCACCCUCCUGGAACAUUCAUGACAGUAAACACCUCUGGGAUUUGGCAUGCUCGUUUUCUGUAACAUCUUACAAUGCAAACACGCCCUCCUAAACCUGCUGGGAUUUUCUUCAGCGAGCGGCCCCUGAGGCCCACUGCCCUGCACCCACUGACUGAGCAGAAAUGUUCCACAGGCUGUGAUGGAACCAUAACUAAAUGGCUUAACUUCA